GGGAAAGAAACAAAAAGGAUCAGAUGAACCAAUAAACGACUCAGUCAGCCUUCCACAGACCUUCAGUGACAUCACCAACUUGACCAAUGUGGAACUGAACGGUAUACUGCGCCAGCUGCACCUCCCAACAAAAGGCAAACGGGUACAUAGAUACACUGUUCUGGCAAGACAUCUCAACCUUACGACAGAUGAUGCAGAUGUCUGCGACCCAUACCUCCAAACACUGAGUGACAUCCGUAGUUUAAGAGAUAGAUGGACGAAAGACUUAAGACAAGUUCCAAACAUCACACUGGAACAAAUUAAAUGUUACUUGAAUGCAGCCCAUGACAUUGCUGAAGAAGGACGUGAUGGGUGCUUUGAGGCAUAUACAGAUGCCAGUCUACGAGCCUACAAAGCCCUGCGUGCCUAUGAUCUGUGGGAGUCCGGCCAUAUAAGUGGAUAUCAAUUUAAUCCCCUUAGUGACAUUGACGAUCACUGUGCCCUGACAUGUCUAGCGAAUCCUUCUGGGGACACAAGUGGCACACAGUACAUGGUAACUGUUGUCCUCAGUGACAUUGGCAAACCCAUUGGGGGCUCUUGUACCUGCCUUGGUGGACUUGGGGAAGCCUGUACCCAGAUUGGUGGUCUUUUGUUUGGAAUUGAGGACUUUGUGGCUAGAGGUUAUAGGGAGUUGCCAGACUGUGAAAGUACAACAGAUCGUCUGUGCAGAUGGGUAGUGCCAAAGGGGCCCAAAGUUGACCCCAAACCCAUUCGAGAUAUAAAAGUACAGAAAACAUUCCAGGAAAGGCGAAAAAGGAUAAAGCCUUUGAACAGUGCAAUUAAGUAUGAACCUUUGCCAAACCAGUUGCGAGGAGUUAAUAUGACAACUUGACAAAACUGCACCAUACAUUGAGUUUGAAGUGCCCAAAUUUGCCGUGGGUGAAGGCUGUGACACCAGCUGUGGUCCAAAAAUUUAAAGAAGCGGAAGUAGAAAACAUCUCAACUGGAGUUCUACCAGCUUGUCUGUCUCAAACAAUGCAUAUAAUGGCACCAGAGAUAGCUCCAACAAGAGAAGUCACACUCACAACAAACAAAGAACCAUUGACACUGAAAGAAAAACUUAAAUGCAAUAAUGGACACACAACUGUGAAGUACUCAAACAGUGAAAAACAUUUAAUUGAAAAACUGACAAGAAAGCAAAAGGACUCUGUUCAUUGGUUCAAGUAUAGGCAAGGAAUUGUAACAUCAUCAAAUUUCCAUCGUGUAGCAAGCAAUGCAAGGGUAGUUGCAAAGAAAGGCCCUAAUCAAGCAACACAUUCACUUGUGUCGGCUUUAGUGAGUGGUUCAACCUUCAAGUGAACUACAGCAACACGUUAUGGCCAAAAACAAGAGCCAAAUGCAGUGCCAAAUUACCUGCGGGUUAUGGAGGCAAAUCACAAAGACUGUAAAAUAAAGAACUGUGGACUUGUUGUAUCUACCGUGCAUGACUGCCUUGGUGCGUCUCCAGACAGAAUUUUCUCCUGUUCCUGCCAUGGAAAACGACUGGUGGAAGUAAAGUGCCCAUACACAUUAGUGGAUUCUACCAGAACAAUAAAGUCUAUGGACUUCCUCAAAGAAGAUGAAAAUGGCUGCCUUACGCUGAAAGAGACUGGAAAUUCAUACUUCGACCAAAUUCAGGGUCAGAUGGGUGUAACGGGUAUUCAUCAGUGUGACCUGGUUGUGUAUGAUGGUAAAACUGUGGAGGUAGUCCCGGUAACAUUCAACCCCCAGUACUGGGAAAAACUGGCUGGGGCAGUUAGUCAAUUUUACCAUGAGUAUGUGUACAGUGCCUUGAAAGAAAAUGACAUUUCUGCCAAUGUGUCAAGGAAGAAAGUGCAAAGUGAAAUAAGUGCAAAAACAGACCGCUACCCCUGUGGAAAAUGCGGCGUACUUUUAGAAGAGAUUGUAGCGAAUGAUGCACAAGCAAGCAUAAACUGUGAAUGCACAGUGUGCAACUGUAGACUCGGGUUCCACUGGAAAUGUGUAAAUUUUACACCGGACCCAGAGCUUGACUCUGAGCCACCAUGGUACUGUCCGAAUUGUGUGAGAAAUUGUGAUAUCAUUAUGUAAUGACUUAUGAACAUUGAAACAUCAAAUAGUGAACAAGUGUUACUCAUGUAGUAUCAAGUGCAACAUUUUGUAUACUGAAGAUAUUUAUAGGUAUAUAUAUUAUAGGUAAAGUCAAUAUAUAUAUAUCUUUUAAACCAGUUAUAUUGUUUCAUUAUCAUUCUGCUGCUUCUUAUUAAAGUUGUAGAAACACAG